AUGACGUACAGUCAAUACAGAUCAGUGAAUUCAGUACUAGAAAUAGACGAUGCAGUUGAUUAUCGAGUUGAAUUUCUCAAUUCGCUCAACACUCCUGGAUUUCAACCACAUUUAUCAACAUUAAAAAUUGGUACUCCUAUAAUGCUUCUUAGAAAUCUUAGUCCACCAAAAUUGUGCAAGGAGACUAGUCUACGUACAACUAGUCUUCAAAAAAAUUUGAAAGAAGCUCAAAUUAUUACCGGAUCUGCAAAAGAUGAAUCAGUUUUUAUUCCUCGCAUACCAAUGACACCAUCAGAUUAUAAAUUCCAAUUCAAGAGAAUGCAGCUUAAAGUGUAUAUAUAA